GUAAAUACUUAGAAAUUGAUCAAUGCCACUCAUCUCAUCAGAAACUACCAUUUGCCUGCCCUAAAUCAAGUGUCAUUCUGCAAGGGCAUUUAACAAUAAGGGUAUAGUUAUUAGUAUCCAUUUUGAUAGCCAUUAGUAUUCUCAAUUAAAUUCAAUUCACAUAAAUGUAGUAGUUAAAUUACAUGUUUACAUUAUAUUAUGGAAGUGGUGGGGGCCCUAAGAAGGCCCUGGCUUUUCAAGUAGAGUCUCCCUAAAGUAUGACAUUUGGUAUUUCUGAUAUAUAUGCUGGUGAGUUGACAAAAAAAGUAAAAAAUAAAUAAAAACGUUCUUGUUAUACAUUUUAAAGUUUAGAAAUUUGUAAAUAAACUGUCUGUUUGUUUUUACUUAAAAAGCCAAGGUAAUAAAAUAAAUUAUUAACCCCCUUUCAAUCCCAUGAUGCAUCUUCCCCAGUACAUUGUGGUAUUGAUAAAUAGAAAUCCUCUAGCAUAUUUAUAUAUCAUUGUUAUGGAACAAUGAAAAGUGCACGACACAUGCCUGACUCUGCCCUCUAAUACCAAGCUAUGUUGUUUCUGUUUAUACGACAAAUAUCAUUACAAAUAUUGAUUUUCUAAAAGUUUUUUAUUGUUUAGGGACCAAACUCAACAGCCACACUACUGGCACCAUCAGCUACCACGCCAGCACCUUCAAGUGAAGAGAUAAGAAAAGCACGCAUCAAAUACUUGGCCACACCUGCUAGUACUGAGGGACCCAACAGGACAGCACCACCACCAGCCAUGUCACAGCCACCACCAGCCGUGUCACAGCCACCAUCAGCCGUGUCACAACCACCAUCAGCCGUGUCACAACCACCAUCAGCCGUGUCACAACCACCAUCAGCCGUGUCACAACCACCAUCAGCCACAUUGGCACCUCCACCAGCAGCCAUACUGGCACAUUCAACACCAUCAAGCAAAGAGGUGAGGGUGGUGAGGGCUUCUCGUGUACCAGUAGAGCUGACGGAUACUGUCACUGUUUGUGUACGCGCACAAAGCACAGUACGAAUACGUAGGUUUAUUGCUGGUACAACAUACCAGCAAGUGUAUGACUGGCUUGGGGCUCAAGAGGACCUCCCUCUUCAUUUUGCUCUGUCAAGGAACGGAGGAAUGAUCCAGAGGAGUGAAAUAGUCCAGAGCGAAGAGGUGGAAUUGAAUGCAAUGACAAAUGAGGAAGCUAAGAAGAUGCACAAAGACGAGAUGAUGUUUUAUGGACUUAGCUUCACCGGCUGGUUUUUUUAGGGUAGACUGGUUGGGGUUUCUUAGCUAUACUGUUGACUGGUUGGGGUUUCCUGGCUGGGCUGGUACAGUUUCUCGGCUGGGUUGGAGGGGUUUCUAGGCUAGACUAGUAGGUGUUUUCUAGGCUAUAUAAGUGGGGGUAUUCUAGGCUAGACUAGGGUAUUUUUUAGGCUAGACUAGUCGGGGUUUUCCUUGGAAAGACUAGUGGGGGUUUUCUCGGAUAGACUAGUGAUGUUUCCUAGGCUAGAUUAGCAGGAAUUUCCUGUCUGGGCUGGUUGGGUUUCUCGGCUGGAAUGGUAGGGUUUCCCUGCUGGACUGGUGGGGUUUCUCGGCUGGACAGGUGGGGUUUCUAGGCUGGACAGGUGGGGUUUCUCGGCUGGACAGGUGUGGUUUCUCGGCUGGACAGGUGGGGUUUCUCGGCUGGACAGGUGGGGUUUCUCGGCUGGACAGGUGGGGUUUCUCGGCUGGACCGGUGGGGUUUCUCGGCUGGACCGGUGGGGUUUCUCGGCUGGACCGGUGGGGUUUCUCGGCUGGACCGGUGGGGUUUCUCGGCUGUACUGGUGGGGUUUCUCGGCUGGACCGGUGGGGUUUCUCGGCUGGGCCAGCUGGGUUUCUCGUCUGGACCGGUGGGGUUUCUCAGCUGGGCCAGCAAGGUUUCUUGGCUGGACCGGUGGGGUUUCUCGGCUGGGCCAGCUGGGUUUCUCAGCUAGACUGGUGGGGGUUUCUUUGCUGGACCGGUGGUGUUUCUUGGCUGGACUGGCUGGGUUUCUUUGCUGGACCGGCUGGGUUUCUUUGCUGGACCGGCUGGGUUUCUUUGCUGGACCGGCUGGGUUUCUUUGCUGGACUGGUGGGGUUUCUCGGCUGGACUGGUGGGGUUUCUCGGCUGGGCCAGCUGGGUUUCUCGUCUGGACCGGUGGGGUUUCUCAGCUGGGCCAGCAAGGUUUCUUGGCUGGACCGGUGGGGUUUCUUUGCUGGACCGGUGGUGUUUCUCGGCUGGACAAGUGGGGUUUCUCCUCGGCUGGACUGGUGGGGUUUCUCGGCUUGGCCGGUGGGGUUUCUCUGCUGGGCCGGCGAGGUGUUUCAGCUGGACUGGUGGUGUUUCUGGUGGAGUUUCGCGGCUACGCCGCCUGGGUGGCGGUUUCUUGGCUGGACUGGUGGGGUCAUUUUUUUUGCUCCCUGCAUUGUUGAUAUCAAUUUUACACAUAAUUAUUGUCGUCGUUGUUGAGGUUGUCCAACAUUUUGAAACCCGUAAUAGGCUAUAUUGUCCAAAGAAUUACUAUUUUCCUAUUUUCUCCACUUUUACACAACUAUUUUUCGGUAGUGAAUAUUUUAACUGGUGUUGAUGAUUGCGACAUUUGCCUACCGUGUAGAGGAUAUUUUACGGGCAAUUUACUCAUGCUUUUUAUUUAUGUUGUGAUUCUUUUGUGUUGUUUUACUAUGUUGUUGUGUUCAUCGGAAGUUAAAGACAGUGUGGUGACGAUUACUCGCCACACCCUGGACAGUGUACUUAAGUUUUGUAUAAACUGUGAGUUUACGUCUCCUUAUUUUGUCUAAUAGAGGGAGAAUUUAGAACAUAUCCUAUUAGAAUGCUUCCAGUAUACUUCGAAACACAUUUCCUUAAGCUAUGACGCAAAGUGAGCCGACUUAACAGUUGCCCGUUCGUAGAGUAAAAAAAGCACGGCAAAAUAAUGCAGUAUAAUGGUAGGAUAUGGAUCUUUAAAAGUUUUUUUUUAAUUCUGUAUUUGGGAGCAUUGUGCUUGCAUGAAACGUUUUUGUAAAACCUGUGUAUGUAAGGAAGCGUACUUUUGCUGGGUAGUGAAAGAAAACAAAAUCGUGUUUCAUUAAUAUUAAUGCCGAUGGAUUAACCUGUUUUAUGCUACUUUUUAGGUAUCUAUGAAAUCCGAUUUUGAAAUUGAAGAUGAACUCGAUUCGACUCAAGAAGGAUCGGGUAUUGAUAAAAUGUCCCAUAUACCCAGAAAUAGAAACGCCUUUACCCUUUAAAACUUCCUUUUCACUAAUAUUCUUGACUGGUAACCAAAAAAAAACGACAGACGGACGGACGGACAGACAGGUUUAUUUGGCAUCCAGUACACACAAAUGUACAUUGCGGGUUUCAUACCGUGAGUGAUUUAGGCGAAUCCUAAAGACAAAUUCAUAAUUUGGUAUUAAUCGGGUCAAUAGUUAUCGAGAAACAGCAAUCCCAUUUUACGAGGAUUUGUUUAAAAAAAGUAAUCUACGAAAAACCGGACUCUUGGCGUCAAGUCUUACAAAAUGCUGGCAUCUUUGAAUGACUGUAUCUCGAUCGUUAUUUGCCGAAUCAACUCCAAACUUUGGAUUUUUGGUCGUUCUCGUUAUGCGGUAUGAAAUCCGGCACAUCCAAAUAAAUAAAUGAAAUAAGAAAAAAUAUAGGAAACGUUUAUUAUCUUCAAUGGCGUCCCUUAACGAACCUUUCUUUUUAGGACAUGCAGAGAAAGUUUUUCCCUAGAACUUCUUUGAUUUAUACGUAUGAUUUUUAGAAAAGCUAGAGCACUGUGGUUAGAAUAUCGUUAGUGUUUGUUCUUACAAAUUCAAAAAAUUAUUUUGUUUUAUUUUCGUAUGCUGUUCACACACGUUUUUGCAUAUUUGGCAUGUCGGCCGGUUUCGAUGUAAAGGGGGUGGUUACUUAGUAUAAGUUUUGUUAGUGCGUAGCUGUGGAAUAGCUGUAUACACAAUGACAAGGCUAAAAAUAAAGUGACUUAUUGGUUUUAAUAACUGUCUUUUCACUUUCUAGGGCCAAAUGGAAUUACGAAAAGGUCGAAAAAGAGAAGAGGCAAAGGCAGCAAAGC